GAAGAUGCACACGACCCAGAAGGAUACGACGUACACCAAGAUCUUCGUCGGGGGUCUGCCCUACCACACCACCGACGCCAGCCUGCGCAAGUACUUCGAGGUCUUCGGCGACAUCGAGGAGGCGGUGGUCAUCACCGACCGGCAGACGGGCAAGUCCCGGGGCUAUGGAUUUGUCACCAUGGCUGACCGGGCUGCUGCAGAAAGGGCCUGCAAGGACCCCAACCCCAUCAUUGAUGGCAGGAAGGCAAACGUGAACCUGGCAUACUUGGGAGCAAAACCAAGGAUCAUGCAACCAGGUUUUGCCUUUGGCGUUCAGCAACUUCAUCCAGCCCUAAUACAAAGACCUUUCGGGAUCCCUGCCCACUAUGUCUAUCCGCAGGCUUUCGUGCAGCCUGGAGUGGUCAUUCCCCACGUGCAGCCCACUGCAGCCGCGGCCUCCACCACCCCUUACAUUGAUUACACUGGAGCUGCUUACGCUCAAUACUCCGCGGCCGCCGCCGCCGCCGCUGCAGCCGCUGCCUAUGACCAGUACCCGUACGCGGCCUCGCCAGCUGCUGCCGGCUACGUCACCGCCGGGGGCUACGGCUACGCCGUCCAGCAGCCAAUCACCGCGGCAGCACCUGGGACAGCUGCGGCCGCCGCCGCCGCAGCUGCGGCCGCCGCCGCCUUCGGCCAGUAUCAGCCCCAGCAGCUGCAGACAGACCGAAUGCAAUAGACCAGCCGUGUGAUCAAAAGUUGAAUUGUUUUCUCUUGGCCUCCCAAUUUUCCAAUUUUUAGUAGCUAAAUCUGAGCGUUAACAUUGACUUAACAGCUUUAAAAAAAAAAAAGUUAUGCUAUUGUGAAGCAGAUUCUUAUUUUUUUUAGACUCCGAUAGUGUUCUGGAUGAGAAAGGGGAGAGAAUGAGAGGAGUGGGCGCAGUUUUGGAAAUCGAUCCCAAAGAGCCUGAGUUAGAGGAGAGGCCGCCAGAAAAGGAUGGCAGGAGUAAACAGCGGAACUUCACUUUUAUAACGGAAUUUUUAUUUUUGCUCUUUUUAUAGUAUCAGGGAAGCAAACUGCCUUUUACAAGUUAGAAAAUGCUAUUUGAAUCCAGAUGAACCAGGGAAUACAGAGUGAGCAAUAUGUAGCUUGAAUUACAUUGCAACGCAGAUUUCAAAAAAGAUGGUGUAAGCACUGAUUGUCAUUUCUAGCAGUCGCUAUGGCCUACCGAACUUUUGCAAGUAACAAGGUCCUGUUCUUACAACUCUCAAAAACGGGCAUCGAACAAUCAAUCCGGGAGCGUGGCAGUGGGGACAAUGGUGGACAAGCACCAAAGUUAUUUUCUCAUCUAUCCUGUGGAUGAGCGGGGCUGUGGAGCAAGUGAUGUAGAAUUGAUGGGUGAACAGCUGUACAGACAAUCAAUAACACACAGUUCUGGAAAGAACACAUCACUUGUGCUUGUUUGAUGAGCUUGUCACAUUCUAAUCCCUCUCCCCAUCCUGUUUCAAUUUUGGGAAACUUGUAUCUGCUGGUGUCAGCAAUUCUGAUUCUGAAAUAGGAUCAGGCUUUUACUACAACAGCCUUCUCUUUCUAUUUAUUGUGUCGACUCGUGGCUUAUGAAUAAAGGCAGGCAAAGUUUGCAGAUUCUAAACCCUUAAGGACUGUCUUAAGGACGUUUAUUUUUUUCCCUUUUUAAAUAAUUUUACACUUUUUAGUAUGUAUUUCAGAGUCAUAUUUAAAACUAUUUAUUAGUGACAUGAGACAACAAGGUUAGUGAGAUUACAAUUCUUCAAAGGUUAAUGAUAAUGUGGUUUAUACUGUGCCUUAAUAGUAAUGCUAUUUAAGAUAUUUAUAUUUAAGUUUUACUAUGCUGCACUCUAAAGAAAGGAACUUUAGAUGUGACACUGUAAAAUUAUGUAUUCAUCUCAUGGCAUAAAUUAUUUAGUAGGUCUAGAUGUAGCAUAUUAAAUAUUAACCUAUUCAACUAAAGAUGUUGACUUGGAUUUAUUUAAAUUCAUAUGUGCACUGUAUAAGAGUACUCUUACAUUAACACUUUUUAGUUUACUUUAGUUUUUAGUUUUUUAAAACAGAAUAUAUAGCUAGUUUCAUGCUUCCUUCUCUGAUUUUUGCUUGUUAGAUCUCAUUUAUUGGUACUUCAUUAGUUGAACACUAUUCUUGUGUAGUUUAUGUAGUUUUUAAAUGCUGCUUUACAUUUUUCUUCUGAAACUGCAAUACUUGCAAUUUUUAUUCUUAAACUAAAUUGAAUACUAUUUUACACUGUAUUGGAUUUUUAUACUUGAACAAUUUCAUACAAGGGAAGACAGGUUAGCAUUUUUAUGGACUUUUUCCAUUAUCACUGGAUUUACUUUAAGUGUUCCCAUACUAGACAGUGUUAUGUAAUGUAGACAUGACUCUCCUGUGCAAAUUAUUUAUUCAUUGUGUAUAUUGCUUUAUAACAUUUCAGAUCUUCUAAUCUAUUCACUUGUAUUAAAUAUAAUUUUUAAAAACUCCUGUGGCAUUGAUUGUUUCUAAUGGUGUAAAAGUAGAAUGAUUUUUCCUUUUGACU